AUUGGAGGCAAUUAUUGAGAGAUACAAGAAGGAAGAGAUAGUAGAGAGCUUUACCUUGGUCACACCUGUUUGUAAGGGGUCAGCCGAACACUUGUAUGACUCCAUCAGACAAAGCUCCCGAGGACCCAUCACAGGACGGGGGCAGAAAUUGGAUAUGCAGGGCUACCUCUUCAUUAAAAAGAGUCAAAAGGUGAAGAAAUGGAAAAGCAUGUUCUUCGUGUUACUUGGGCAUGAUCGACAGCUCUGCUUCAUGGAAAAUGAAAAG